ACUCUGAUGUGCUCUAGGAGACGAGCGACAGAGAGAAGUUAAACCUCCAGACUCAUUCGAGUUUAUAAUCACUGUAACAUGGUGAAAUGUCGCUUCAGUACCAUGUGCAUCAUCUGCACGGUUGUGUCCAUCCUGUCUGUGUCUAUCAUCAUCGGUCUGUGGACGUUCCAGUUUCUUUCAUUUUCCAACCAGACAAGAUCUCAGACCGCGGGGUCAGACAGCUGCCAUCCAGAACAUCCACUUCCUGUUUCUUACGACAUCACGUUAUGGCCUCGUCUCAAAGCGAACGCUGAAGGUCUCUACAUCUUCACAGGAAACUCCAGCAUGGUGUUCGAGUCUGUGAAGGAGACGGAUCUCAUCCUGAUUCAUGUUGACAAGCUGAACCUGACCUCUGAGGCCACACUGAGCACGCUCACUGGGUCUCCUGCACCGUCCAUCACGUCCACCAGCAAAGCCACAAGGAAAUCCCAGUGUCUCACGUUCCACCUGAGUGAGAAAUUAAAAGCAGGAGAACGGUACAAACUCCACACGGAGUUCGUAGGAGAACUCCCUGAAGAUCUGGCACGCUUUUACAUGCAUGAGCAUGAACAUGGAGCUAAGAAGACGGUGGUCUCACAGUCGACCCCUCACACACACACUCCUGGGAUUUUCCUGUGCUGCAACAAGCAGAAGUCGAAAGCUGUUUUCCACAUCAGACUCCUACAGGAGCGAGAAACCACCACCAUCUCUAACACACAGCAGAUCAGUGUUUAACCUGAAUGUACACCACUGUGCAGUCCAAUAAACACUCAACACUGUUAACCACAGACAUCAGGAUCACAAACACACACACACACAGUCUCACACACACACACACACACACACACAGUCUCACACACACACACACACACCAACACACAGUCUCACACACACACACAGUCUCACACACACCAACACAGUCUCACACACACCAACACAGUCUCACACACCAACACACAGUCUCUCACACACACACACACACACACACACAGUCUCACACACACACACACACACCAACACACAGUCUCACACACACACACAGUCUCACACACACCAACACAGUCUCACACACACCAACACAGUCUCACACACCAACACACAGUCUCUCACACACACACACACACACACACACACCAACACACAGUUUCUCAACACACAGGAAAAGGUUAUCUGCUAAUAUAAAAGUUAUAUUUUAUUCUAAAAUAUGAAUCACUUCAAACAUUCAGAGAUUUCAGCAAUAACACUUUUGUCUUUUUAGGUUUAUGGCAUUUAAAUUCACCAACAUGAUGAACUGUCAACAUUAGAGACAGAUAAUAAAUAAUCAGAAUAAAUAA